AUGGAAGCAUUGACAAAAAUAAGACAAGCAGAUAAUGUAGACAAAGAUCUGAAGAAUGAAAUGGAUGAAAGAGUAAGGGAACUUUCAGCUCUUGUUGAAGCGCACGAGGCUCAUGGGAACGAAUCAUCAGCUCGGGUGAAAGAGUUAGAGGGCCAGUUAACUGGCUUUAAAAUUGAGUUGGAAUCCUUGUGCUGUCAGAAAAGAGAUUUGGAAGCAUGGAAAGAAGGCAAGGCUGCUGAAGCUAAACAGCUAGGAGAGAAAAAUAUUGUACUGCAUGCUCGGGUUUUGGAACUUGAGAUAGGUUUAAAAGGAAAAGAAGAUGAAAUAUCUGAUCUCCAGAAGAAACUCAAGGAAAAUGAGGACAGUUCAGCAUCAAAAGUUUCAGACUUGAUGGCACAGGCCAACAAUCUGCAAGUUGAAGUUGAUUCGUUGCGUGCGCAAAAAGGUGAACUGGAACAAAAGAUGGUGAGUAAAAAAAAUGAAUCACUGGCUCAAGUGAAGGGCUUAAGGGAUCAGAUCAAUGGUGUGCAGAGGGAAUUAAAGUCCCUACGCCAGCAGAAAACCGAAUCAGAAGCACAACUGGAUAAGAAGAACAAAGAAAUUUCCAAACACCUGCUUCAGAUAGAAAAUCUGAAAGAGGAACUAAAUAGAAAGGACACAGUUGAAAUGAAAAUGAUGGAUGAAAGACAAUGUCUUCUUGAGAGGAUGAAGGAGUUGGAAAUGCAAAUGGACUCUCGACGCAGCCAAAAGAAAAAUUUGGAAAAGCAGAUAAAAAAUAGAAACCAGGAGACCAAUAAGUUGAGACAGGAAAAUGAGGGUCUGCUUUCUAAAAUUUUUGAGUUGGAGAGAACACUGAAUGACAGAGGGGAUGAGUUUUAUGCUCUUCGAAGAGAAUGCGAGGAUGGAAAGAAUGAAUCUUCUACUCAACUUACGGAUUUAACAACACAGGUCAGCAAUUUGAAACAGGAAUUGGAUUCCUUGCAGACUAAGAAAAGCCACCUGCAGAUUGAGAAAGAGAGCAGACAAUAUUUUGAAAGGCUGGGUGAGAUGGAAAAUCAAAACAGUAAAUUGACAGGAAAGAUAGCCCGGAUUGAGAGAGAGAACAGAAAAUAUUUGGACAGACUAACUGAGAUGGAACAUCAAAACAAUAACUUGACAGUUAAGAUUUCCGAACAGCAGCGAAUUCUUAAGGAACAGGAAGAUACUAUCAGGAAGUUCAAUAAGGAUCAUAAACAAGCUAAAAUUUGGUUUCCGUCGUCCAAAUUGAAUCUACAAGUAGCAGAGAGGAAGAUGGAAGAAUUGGCAGAGAAGUACCGGAUUAAUAUGAAGAUAACGUCCGCCUCUUGUACCAGAGAAUCCGAGUAG